AUGGACCGCCUAUUUCCCACACUGGGCUGGAGUAGCUGUGAAGGUAAUGAACACGCUUGCAAACUCGGUACCUUCAGAACGAAGUUUCUCUGCUAUCAGUUUCAUACACACGAAAGCUCGAAAUCGCCUUACGCCUACCGCCUUAAGGAUCAGAAGUACGCGCAUAAAAAGCGCUGGGCGGAUCUUGAGGAGAAGGACUGGCUGGAACUUGAAGAUUCGUACCUCGAGUUGUUUGUGAAUGCGCAGGGCAAAGAGGUCUGGAUGGAUGGUGUGAUGGCCUCUACUAAUGGGGAUUUCGAGUGGGAGGAAAAGUUGUACGUACACCUCAAAGUCAGCCGUCAUUGGGCAUUGCGGUUCCUACGACGACACAAAAAUAUCAAGAUAAAGAAUUCCGAACCUCUCGAAUACGCUCGUUCUAAAGAAACUACUCCUGAGUCAAUCCGACGGUUCUACGAUGAUCUUGCGUAG